UCGAGAGCCAGCCAGCACAGACGGGCAGAGAGGGAGGGAGAGAGAGAGAGAAAGCAGGGCUUUGAGCGUAAAAACGCAGGAAGAGCAUUUACACGGGGACUUGCUAUUCUCUGCCUUGCAUAAAAGCCUUCGCUCAGAACCAUCCUAAGCCGUUACAGAUCGGCAAUAUGAACCACAGCUCCAAUGAUCCAGACUCUGAGCCCAAUGAACCCCUUCGGUACCUCAGUAAGGACGAGGUGGCGGCCCUUGAGACGGAGCUGCUGUCGGACUAUCGAUUUGGACAGCAGCAGCUGAUCGAGAUCUGGGGUCACGCUUGCGCCGUGGCCAUCGCCAAGGCCUUCCCGCUGGGCACCCUGGCUAAGAAGCAGCCCACGGUCCUUGUGGUCUGCGGCCCCGACCAGAACGGUUCCGUGGGGCUGGUGUGUGCCCGCCACCUUCGCAUAUUUGAAUACGAGCCCACCAUCUUCUACCCCAAGCGCUCCCCUCAAAGUCUGCAUCAAGACUUCACGGUACAGUGCGAGAAGAUGGACAUCCCAUUCCUCUCCUACCUUCCUACAGAGGUCCAGCUGAUAAAUGAUGCCUAUAACUUGGUGAUUGAUGCCAUCCUGGGGCCCGAAGCCGAUUACACGGACGUAAAGGAGCCCUACAGCAGCAUCCUGGCCACCCUGAAACAGAUCAAGAUCCCCAUUGUGAGCGUGGACGUACCAUCAGGCUGGAACGCGGACGAGCCCGGCACAGACGGGAUUAAUCCCGAGGUCCUCAUCUCACUCACGGUCCCGAAGAGGUGUGCAGCCAGUUUCCUCGGGAAGCACUUCCUCGUCGGACGUUUCCUUCCCUAUGACAUACAGAAGAAAUAUGAGCUCAAUCUGCCAGAAUACCCCGGCACGGACUGCCUUAUACAACUGUAACAAUCACGCCCAUGCUGCUUUUAC